AUGAGCGGCAAGAGAGAGGAAGAUGAAGAGUGGAGGAUCGACACCGACCGGGGCGAGUACUCCAAGUCCGGCGGGGACAGCGAGGUGGCGGCCCAGCAGUGCUCCUACGAGGUCCGCUACCACGACCCGGCCGACGUGCUGAUAGCGUCUGACCUGGAGGGCAGCCGGAGCAGCGGCGGCGGCAGAGACACCGGCAGAGGCCACCCGCUGGAGGUGAGCCCGGCCAACACAGAAGUCUCGCGCUUCACGGACGAGGGAGGCGGCCAUCAUCCCGAGGGCACGCCCAGCAGGCGCGUCUCUCCGCGUAAGGGCAAGCGCGUGGACUACGGGGGGCACAGGGCUAGGGCUGUGACUAAGCUUACUAAGCUAGCACGCCAUCCCUGCUCUAAAUUUCUCACCUUCAGAGCCUUCAUCGCGGACUGCCGAAAGGGGAAAUAUGGCGUGAUGAGGGGGCUUCCGAUGGAGCGACAGGGAGAGACUCGCCUGGGCGCGGGAAGGCUCGAGUUGGGCUUCCUGGCACAGCUAAAGGCGCAGGCAGAAGGCAAGGCACAGUUAAGCCAGUCAGGCCAGUCAGGCAGGCCGCAGUUAAAGAGCCACCGGUUGAGGGCGCCCCUGGAGAGCCUGGGGUGCGUGCGGGCGUCCCUGGAGCAGGCGAGCCUGCUCUCUCUGCCUCUGGUGGUGCAUCUGCAGGCUGGCCGCGGGGGGGAAGGGGGAGAAGACGCCGGAGAGGCCGUGGAGCUGGCGGGAGAGCUGGGCGUGCCGCUGGUCUAUGGACGUGGCAUGGCUGCCCUGGCCGCGAGGCUUGCACCGUCGAUGGUCCUGGACACGGGCUUGGAGGCGGGCUUAGACACAGGCAGUGAAGAGGCAGAGGCAGCAGAGCCAGAGAGAUACCGGUACUACGGCCCGGGGGACGCCUCUGCGGUGGUGGUGGUGUUUGGCCCUGUGGCGUCGUGGGCGGUGGAGGCGGCAGCGUCGUUGAGGGGCAAGCUGGGCGUGGUGGAGGCCAGGGUGUGCCCGCUGGAGGAAGACGGCCUGCUGGGCGUGAUGCCCGCGAGCGUGCGGACGGUAGGCGUGCUUGGGCGGGCGAGGCAGGGAGGGCCCGCAGAGCCAGCAGCAGAGUCCGCCUUGUUCCGGCAGGUUCUUCCUCUGGUCAGGCUGGGGCGGGGGAAGAGGCUUGCCUGCGUGGACCUCAAGUUCUCUGCCCACACGCAGCUGGAGGGCGUCUUCAGGCGGUUCUUGGGCGAGGAUGUCAUGGUGGACGCGGUGGACGUGGUGGAAGCCAAGAUGGAAGAAGUAAAAGUGGAAGAAGAAGAAGGGGAAGAAGAAAAGACGACGAGGGACGAGGUGGUUAAAGGGCUGCUGUUCAAGGAGGCCUACGGCACGCAGGAGGCCCUGCCCAGACACGCCAGCAAGACGUUCACCGUCACGGUCAAGGAGAACAGAAGACUGACGCCCACGACCUACGACCGCAACAUCUUCCACCUCGAGUUCGACCUGGGCCGGUCGGGGCUGGUGUACGAGAUAGGAGAGGCCCUGGGCGUGCACCCGGAGAACCCAGCAGGCGAGGUCGACGAGUUUGCCGGGUGGUACGGCCUCGACCAGGACGAGCUCGUCAGCUACACAGACGGCCAGCAGCAGCAGCAGCGGCAGACGGUCCACCAGGCGCUGAGACGGCUCGACAUCUUUGGGCGGCCCCCAAAGAGAUUCUACCAGGAGCUCAGCCGGUUUGCAGAGGACGCCAAAGAAAAGGAGAGGCUGGCGACGCUGGCCACUCCGUCCGGGGCGGAAGAGUUCAAGCGUCGCUCAGAGGUCGAGAUGCUCACCUACGCCGACCUGCUGCAGGAGUUCGCCUCGGCCAGGCCGUCCUUCACCCAGCUGGCCCGUCUGGUCGGGCCCGUGAAGCGUCGAGAGUACUCGAUAGCCUCCUGCCAGCGUGUCUCCCCCUCGACGGUCGCCCUCAUGGUCGUCGUCGUCGGCUGGGUCGACGGUCGGGGCCGGAGGCGGCAGGGCCAGGCGUCCACCUACCUCAGUGGCCUGAAGCCUGGCAGCCCGGUCACCGUCAGCGUCAAGCCCAGCGUGAUGAAGCUGCCGGCCGACGACCCCCAGACACCCCUGAUCAUGGCCGGCCUGGGGACGGGGCUCGCCCCCUUCCGUGCCUUCGUCCAGCAUCGUGCCCUGCAAAAGGCAGAGGGCAAGGAGAUCGGCCCCGUCCUGCUCUACAUCGGAUCCCGCCACCAACGAGAGGAGUACUGCUACGGCGAGGAGUGGGAGGCCUAUGCCGCGGCCGGAGUCAUCACCCUGCUGUCCUGUGCCUUCUCCAGGGACCAGCAGCACAAGGUCUACAUCCAGGACCGCAUGAGACAGACCAUGACCGACAUCUCACACGCCUAUCUCAGCCAGCAGGGGUCAUUCUACCUCUGUGGACCGACGUGGCCGGUACCAGACGUCACCGCUGUCCUCGAAGAAGCCAUAGCCCUGCACGCCCGCCAGGCAGACAGGAAGGUCGACACUAGAGCAGAGAUAGAGCGUCUCAAGGACCAGCACCGUUACGUCCUGGAGGCUCACAUGGUCCGCCGGCAGCUCAUACGACGCAUCCGCAUCCCAUCCGGACAGGUCACCGCACGCUAUAAACCGCGGUAUCCACCUCGCAGAGGUGGAAGUACCAGAAGUAGCAGAAGCUGUAACACCACAGUAGCCCUCGCACACGACAAAGGCCUCGAGGCUGCUGGCCCGGCUACUCCGCGGCUUGGCCACAGAGACCCGUUCAAACACGCUCUUCAGCUGUGCAUAUAUCACAUCCACGUCCCGUCCACGGAAGAUCUUGGCCACAAACUUGCCCCCGGGCCGCAGCCAGUAACGUCCGGCGCGCCGUCAGACAGCACCAGAUCGACUUUCUCGACUUUCUCGACAUUCUCUCCUCCUCGCACUUCGCUCUCGGGAUCCAACGCCUUCAGCAGCAAAGGUAUCGUCGACGGAUGCGUGAUAUCAGCCUGUAACGUCGUUAUCCCUUCCAACGGAGCCAUAGGCUGCAAGUCCACAGACACAAUCUUCACUUCUCUCCGAGGCAUCAGUCCUCCUCCUCCCGUCACUUCUCCCUCUACCCCCGCAUCUGCCAGCUUCCUCGCCUCCUCCCAGGCCCGCCGGCCAAAGCUCUCCCCCUGA